AUGAGUGGUCUUCGGUUGCGCGACAGGGCUUUCUGUCCAACUACCGUUCAAUACAUUGACAAAAACUGGAAAACCUGCACACAUACUUUGAGCACGGCCUUAAUUGAGGAAAGACCCUCGGCUGAAAACAUAGCUCUUAUUCUGCAGAUGGUUCAUGACGAUUGGGACAUUUCAAAUAAGGCUAAUUUCAUCGUGCACGAUAAUGCUAAUGUAAUGAAAGCAGCAGUCCGUCUUUUAAAAGAGGGUGAUGAUGUUAAUUGUUCUGCACACACUCUACAACUGUGUGUAAAGGAUGCUUUCAAAAAUGUCGAAGACUACGAAAUUGUUGCCAUAAAAUGUCGAAGAAUAAUAUCACAUUUUCACCAAUCAAAUGUUGCUACAUCAGCUUUGAACAAAAAACAGCUGCAGCUAGGACUGAAAGAAGAACGGUUAGUCCAAAGUUGCACAACUCGAUGGGAUUCGAUUUAUUUUAUGUGUGAUACCUUGCACCGAAAUCGCUCCGCAGUUAUUGCAGUGCUAAGUGACAAAUCAUAUACCAAUUCUUCUACAGCACUGAAUCUAGAAAUAUCGGAGCACGGAUGGGGAAUAAUGGAAGAGCUUACCACGAUUUUGAAGCCACUGCACAUAGCAACAAAAGUGCUAUGUAGCGAAACCAAAUCAACGAUUUCAGCUGUGCGCUCGGUUGUCAAAACGCUAAUUGAUAAUCACUAUUCCCCUAAGCGAACUUUUGUAAAGGAAAAAAUUCUGGGAAUGUGCUCUGAAACAGCCACAGAAGAAGAACCCGGCGGAAGCAGUCAUGACCAGUAUUUAGAAUUCCUUUUUGCUACGGAAGGGCAAGUUCUGGACAACACCUCUCAGUUUGAGCAGUUUAUAGCAGAACCUAAAAUUUCAAAUCGGUUGGAUCCGCUUGCUUGGUGGCGCUCGAGGGAACGGGCUAUGCCCGUCAUGGCAACUUUGGCAAAAAAAUAUCUUGCUGUUUCAGCGACUUCGGCAAGUUCUGAAAGACUUUUCUCUACGGCGGCGGGCAAUAUAGUUACUGCUAACAGAUCAUGUUUGGCACCAGAAAAUGUUUCUUUGUUGGUUUUCUUAAACAAAAACGAAGACCUGUUGGAUUAG